UAGAGUAGUAGUAACGGAAGCGGCUCGGCGGCGCUCACACAGACUGACCGACACUGAAUGAGAACGCACUGAUUUCAGCUCCAAAAUGAUGAAAUUUCUGCCCAAACUGCUGCUGCUCGUCCUCUUAGCUUUCCCUGUGACCCUCCUUACAAGGGGCCCAGUGGUGGCUGCUCAGGAUCUGACUGAGGAUGAGGAGGCUGAGGCCGUGGAUGAAGAUGUAGUGGAUGAUGUGACUGCUGAGGACGAGGACGACGAGGCGGAAGUGGAGGACGAUGAAAAUGCAGAACUGACAGAAGAAAAAGAAGAUGACGAGGAGGAAGCGCUGGUUGGAGAGAUGAAGGCUUCUCCUAACGCCGACACCACCAUCCUGUUUGUGAAAGGAGAAGACUUCCCAGCCAAUAACAUCGUCAAGUUUCUGCUCGGCUUCACCAACAAGGGAUCAGAGAACUUCAUUGUGGAAUCUCUGGAUGCCUCUUUCCGUUACCCACAGGAUUACCAGUUCUACAUCCAGAACUUCACGGCACUGCAGCUCAGCACCGUGGUUCCUCCCAGCAGACAGGCCACCUUCGAGUACUCCUUUGUCCCCGCCGAGCCCAUGGGGGGGCGGCCCUUCGGACUCGUUGUCAACCUCAACUACAAGGACGGCAGCGGAAAUGUUUUCCAGGACGCCGUUUUUAACCAGACCGUCACCAUCACCGAGAAAGAGGACGGACUCGACGGAGAGACGAUCUUCAUGUACGUCUUCCUGUCUGGCCUCGGGCUGCUCGUCAUCGUCGGCCUUCAUCAGCUCCUGGAAUCCAGAAAGAGGCGGCGUCCUGCUCCAAAGGUGGAAAUGGGAACCUCCAGCCACAACGACGUGGACCUGAGCUGGAUCCCCCAGGAGACGCUCAACCAGAUCAUGCAGAGUCGCAGAGACAAGGCCUCUCCGAGACGAUCCCCUCGCAAAAGGAUCCAGAAGCGCUCGGCCGGCUCGGACGAGUGACGGGCGCCCCGACCACGCCGCCCAACGCCCGACCUUCACCCCGCCCGUCUAUGCAGGAGCAGGGCCGUGAGCGUGGAACGAGCGCACCCCGGCCUCUCCUCACAAACUUUACCCAGUGCCAAGCACAGCGACGGCUCGCUCUCUACUUUCAGCUUCAACACUGUCCGUCACACUGUCGCUAAGCCCCGUUUUAUUACUGUUUUCUGACGCUGUCACACGAGGGCCAAGGUGGAAGGUUCACCCGGGCGCAGGUGUGUUGGCCUUCAAAAGGACAUUCUCCCCCACAGGGUUUUUUUUUUUUUGGUUUAAAUCAGGGGUGUCAAACAUACGGCCCACGGGCCAAAACCGGACCUCCAAAGGGUCCAAUCCAGCCCGACCAGAAUUUACACUGAAGACAUUAACAAUCCAGGAUGUGAAACUCAUUUAGUUCUGGUUCCACAUACAGACCAAUGUGAUCUAAAGUGGAUCGGACCAGUAAAAUACUCUAAUAAUAUUCUGUAAAUAUCAAAAACUCCAAAUGUUAUUUGUUUUAGUGUAAAAUUCCAUGAAAAUAUUGACAUUUAAACUAUCCUUUCACACAAAUGUGAAAAAGCUGAAUAAAUAAGAACAACCUGAAAUGUGUUAAGAGAAGUAUAAUUUGAUCAAUAUUCUACCUGUUAAUGCAUGUUUUGUGUAUUUGUAGAUCCGCUGUGAUCUAUGUUAUAAUGCACAUACGUAAAUGAUGAACUGAGACGUAAUAUUGUUAAAAUUGGAAUUAUUUUCAAGAAAUGAUGAUCACAUUUUUUAAAAGGACGGUUUGUAGUUGUAAGCAUUUUCAUGAUGUCAGUUUUAUUUGUUGCACUAAAAUAAAGAGAAAAACUUGAAGGUGCCAUUAUUUAUAAGUAAAUCUGCUAUUAAUUUACUGGUCUGACCUGUUUGAGAUCACACUGGUCUGAAUGUGGAACCUGAACUAAAAUGAGUUGGAAAGCCCUGGUUCUGUUUUUGUUCGACAAAAAACUCUAACUCUUUGAUUCAUCAGAGCGAUUAAAAUGUCUGAAAUAUCCUCGGUCUUAAUUGUCAACAUACUUUUCUUUCCUGAGUCUUCUGUGACGUGAACAGCUGCUGUUUGGACAAAACAAUGAUUAUAAUGAGGCUGAGAUUUGUGAAUGUUGGGACAUUUCAUAGACGAGUUUGGUGAGGAUCAUGAGACGCAGCAGUUUUACUCUGGAGUCGGACGGUGACAAAGGCAGCGUCUCGAGUUUUUUUUAAUUUGUUAUUUUUGUGCUUCUUUAACUCUACAGAUCUCCAGUUUUCACGCACUAGGUUUUGUUUUAUUCUGUCAAACUGCAGGUGCUCUGCGCCGUCCUUUCUCAUAAAACUUCAGCAGAUAAAGAUCUAACCAGAAAAUUUAGAUUUGACGUGACACUUUGAAGAUGCGCUGAGACUGUUCCUUUCCUUUUUUUUUUUUUUUUGAAAGUCUGAUUUCUGAAGUUUUGGGCAGUUGAACGGUUCCAAACGGGCGUAACGAGGUGUUUUUUUUUUUUUAAGGUUUAGAUUCACCCGUUUACGCUCAGAUCUGCGGAUGAGAGCGUGGAGUCGACAGACGAUCAAAUCAUGGAUGAAACCCGCCCUUUAACCCCGACGCCCUCCAUUUAUAAACCUGUUAAACGAUGGGUCAACAUUGGAUCAGUUCAUCUUCAUAAAAACAGGAAAUGAACUCGUUCUGUGCCGGGGUUUGGACACUCUCUCCUGAAGCAGCUCCUCAAAAAUCAAAUCAUUCACACAUCGAUAGGUUUAUAUAUAUUUUUGUUGUUUUUUGAUUGUAAAAUGUUGAACUGGCCGAAGCACUGGUGUAAAUACUGGCUGAUAUGGAUGCAGACGUGAAAGCAAAAAGCUAAUUUAUUUGAGUGACAGAUCAGGCAUACAUGUGGGUGGGUUUGUAUACUGUAUUUCUUGGUUUUACCACUAGGGGGCAUCACUCUGCAGGCCUGAAACCCUUUUUUUGUGGACUGCAGAGUUGUCAUGUAAACUUUUGUGGUGUGACUGACCUCAGCCUGGAUUUGAGCGAUCCAGAUCCGAGGCCAUUUCACAGACGUGAACCAACGUCAUCCGGGGUUUUUGUUUUUUUGUUUUGUUUUUUUCUAAAGAUGGGGCUGUCAUUCACCGAUACGAGCUUUUACUUUAUUUGCUUUUAAAUGUGCAGGAAAUAAAGUUUGAUGAUUUGCUGUAG